AUGAACGGUUCCAUUACUGAUAUGAGUGAUGUCCCUGAACUACAGGGCGCAGAGAAUGUUGAAAACUGGGACAGAUCUCUCAUGAUACAUCUUCGGAUUCAUGGCUUGUAUCUGAUCGUCUCGGGGGAUAGAAAACGGCCAGUUCUUCCUGUCAAGACAGAAGGAAAGGAGGAAAAUCCCAUUAUCACCGUUGAAAAAAUUUCAGACGUGGAAGAUAAAAUCGAAAGAUGGGAAGGUGAGCAUGCCCGAGCUAUGGGAAUCAUUCGCUCCUCCAUGGCUCCCGCAAUUCGUUAUGAAUUCAAGGACUACACGCACGCCUCGGAACUCAUUGAGGCGCUGAGAUCGAAGUACUACAAUCAGCUUUAUGAUAGUUAUUUCAUUGAAGGCCUCCGGACAGCAGUCCAUACCACUUAUGCUGAAUGCAAAGGGGUCCGGGACUAUAUCCGCAAGAUGUCCGCUGCGUUGAAUCGAUUCAGCAAGAGCCUCGGAAAGAACAAAUCUCUUGAUGAUUCCAUCAAGAUCCAGUUCCUCUUGUGCAACCUAGGAGAGGGUUGGGAGACCUUCCUGACCGUGUAUUUCAACUGCUUCGAUAAAAAGAAAACAUCAUUCGAUGAACUAUGCAAUGUCCUGGUUGAUGAGGAAAUGCGCAGAGAAUAUAAUGCGAUGUUCACGAAAGGCAAGAAAAAACAUUUUUGA